AUGAACCUCAAAGAUAGUCCUGCUCAGCCACUACCAUCAGAGACUAGAAGCCAAGUGUCCAAAUUUAAGGUAAUCAGGCUGAAUGGUGGAACUCAGUACAUUGGAAGGCUGAAUAAAAGCCUAUCAGUGAAGGAGAUAGCAUCGACUAUCUCUGCACUAGAGAAUCCUAGCAUCUUACCCACCAGUGAUGUAGUAAUGUUGCCCAUCAGAGAGAGUCAGAUAACUCCAAAGGAUCAAUUUAUGAAGCAUUUCUACAACAACACGAGGAAUUUAAAAUAAGCUGAAUAGGUCUGUCCCUAAGAAGAUUCCUCAGAGCAAAUUAGAAGCAGAGUCAAGUGAAGAGUCUAGCAUUAAUUCGUUUGACAAGAGUAGUCCUUGUGAUUUAAGAAGGAAGGUAGAGAAAUAACUUCCUUAAAUUAUUUGCCAAACGAGGAAGUAAACAAUCUCAGUAUCCAAAAUUCAGAUUCAUCACUCCUAUAAUCCUCGAAAAACCUAAACAUCUAAAAGAACCCAGAGAAUCAAAAUUAGCCAAGAAGGCAGUCCUGGCUAAGAAAAAGUUCGACCGAUCAGACAAAAUGAUCUGAAAAAAAAUAAAACUCCUCAAAAAGAGAACCGUUAAAGGAAGGUUUGAUCAGAUCAACAAGACCAGUCAAUCUAAGAUCUUGAAACUGAAGUCUUCAAGUCACAAUGUACAGAAGAUCAUUCAUAAUUUGAAGCAUAAGAUUGACUCACUUACCUCCAAGACCGACGAGCACAACAUUCUCCUACUCCGCUCCAAAUAACCUCCUCGAUGAAUACCAAAUUCACGUACAAAAAAUAAUCCAAAAUACGAACAAAUCUCAGGUCCUCUUCGAUGGCAAGAAGGGAGGGCUUGGAGACGAUUUAUUCGAUGAACAUCGUAAUGACAACAAGGAAAACUUGAAGAAAGAGCUGAUUACUUUGCUUAUGGUUAGAGAGCUCACUUCAAAGUAUUUGGACAAGGCAAUCAAGCUCCAUGAAUCUGAUCUAGAAGAAUAUAAAAAGGACAGCAAGAUGAAUACCUCCAAGAUCAACCUUAGCAAUAAUUUGAUACAGCAUUUCAUUGACCGGUUUAAAGUGACUGAGAGACAAUUUCUAGGAAUUCUUCACAAAGCCAAAGCAAUGGUAACCCUAUAGUGUCAUUACUUUAGAGUAUUCAAAGGAAAUUAACCCUAUAGUAUUCGAAGAUGUUGGGAAUCCUCUAAGCGGACAUGAUGAUAUAUCAGGCAAAAAUAAGAGGUUCUAUAACGAAAUAUUAGAGAUUCUCUCUCAACCAUCAACUCGAGAUAUCCCUUGUAUGACUCUCCAGCAGAUAGAAGCAAUAGAGAGCAAUUACUGAGUGUUGAGCCAUAUUCAGAAAAAGAGAAGGCCGAAUUUGAUCCCACUGAUAAGUC